ACGAACCCUCCCACCCUCCCUUGUCUUGCGACCAAAACUAGUUUCAAGACGACCGGGCGAAAAUAUUUCCCUUUCCCUUGAAGGAACGGAUGAUUGAGGCGUCAACUUCCCGACAUUUCCUCCGACAUCUCCCCUCUCUAGACAAAAGUUUGUGGAUCCUCCAAGAGUUUGGGAAAUACAGAUUGAUAGAAAGCCUCCUUUUUCUGUAGGUGGGAACUUUGAAAACAUGGAUUGGGGGACGGAUCUUUGGGACCAGUAUGAUGGUAUUGAUAAACACACCCAGUCAGGACUGGAUCUGGUCGACCGAUAUGUGAAGUUUGUCAGAGAACGGACCGAGAUAGAACAGAACUACGCCAAGCAACUCAGAAACCUCUCCAAGAAAUACCUUAAACGAGGCAGCAAGGAGGAGCAGGAAUGUGGGUUCACCAAUCACCAGUCGUUCCAGGACAUUGUGAAUGAGCUGAAUGACUAUGCGGGCCAGAGAGAGCUGAUAGCAGAGAACAUGAUGACUGGAAUCUGUGUAGAACUCACCAAAUACCUCCAGGACCUCAAACAAGAACGCAAAACAUACCUGGCCGAUGCCAAAAAAGCUCAACAGAACUUGGAGAUCAGUUUCAAACAGCUGGAGAAUACGAAGAGGCGUUUUGCCAAGGAGUGGGGAGAGGCAGAGAAAGCCACACAACAAGCAGAGAAAAUUGAGAACGACACAAACGCUGUGAAAGCAGAUGUUGAGAAGGUGAAGCAGCAUGCCCAUGUGAAGACACACACAGCGGAGGAGUGCAGGAACGACUACGCCGCCCAGCUCCAGAAAUACAACAAGGAACAGAACACCUUCUACUACACAGAGAUACCGCAGCUGUUUAAUAAGCUGCAGGAUAUGGAUGAGCGGCGUAUCAGGUGCUUGGCAGAGGGCUACAGUCAGUUUGCUGAGGUAGAGAAGAAGGUUUUACCCAUCAUCACUAAAUGUCUGGACGGGAUCAGUAUGGCAGGGCGGAACACCAACGGCAAACAGGACUCCUUGCGGUUUAUAGAACAACACAAGUCAGGUUUUGAGCGACCGGCUGAGGUGGACUUUGAAGACUACAGCCAAGGUAUCAAACCAGCCUCCUCAGACGCCAACCUCAACCACCCUAAAGUACGCACUAAACUGUGGCCCUUCAGUCACAAGAAAACCAAGAGGAUAAAUGCUGACAAGCACAUGUCUCCAGCUGCUGAGGACUUCUCUCACCUGCCUCCAGAACAGAGGAAGAAGAGACUUCAGUCCAAGAUUGAUGACAUCACCAAGGAACUUCAAAAGGAGCUGGACCAGAGUGAGGCAUUAGAGAAGAUGAGAGGUGUUUAUGAACGGAACCCUCAGAUGGGAGACCCAGCCAGUCUAGAACCUCAGAUCACCCAGACCUCGCAGAACGUUGGACGACUCAGAGGACAACUCACCAAAUACGAGUCAUGGCUGGCUGAGGCUUUCAGAGGAGAGGAUUCUACUAACACUGCUGUCAACAACAAUCAAUACUGUUCCAUGUCAGCUGAUCCAUCUCAGAACAUCUACUCAGAGUUUGAUGAAGACUUUGAUGAAGAUGUGGAGACUCCUAUAGGAAAAGCUACUGCCCUCUACACCUUCCAAGGUUCCAGUCAGGGGACAGUGUCUAUAACAAGUGUGUGUGUGUGUGUCUCCAGGUUCCAGUCAGGGGACAGUGUCUAUAACUAGUGUGUGUGUGUCUCCAGGUUCCAGUCAGGGGACAGUGUCUAUAACUAGUGUGUGUCUCCAGGUUCCAGUAGGGGACAGUCUCUAUAACUAGUGUGUGUCUCCAGGUUCCAGUAGGGGACAGUGUCUAUAACUAGUGUGUGUCUCCAGGUUCCAGUAGGGGACAGUCUCUAUAACUAGUGUGUGUCUCCAGGUUCCAGUCAGGGGACAGUGUCUAUAACUAGUGUGUGUCUCCAGGUUCCAGUAGGGGACAGUGUCUAUAACUAGUGUGUGUCUCCAGGUUCCAGUCAGGGGACAGUGUCUAUAACUAGUGUGUGUCUCCAGGUUCCAGUAGGGGACAGUGUCUAUAACUAGUGUGUGUCUCCAGGUUCCAGUCAGGGGACAGUCUCUAUAACUAGUGUGUGUCUCCAGGUUCCAGUCAGGGGACCGUGUCUAUAACUAGUGUGUGUCUCCAGGUUCCAGUAGGGGACAGUGUCUAUAACUAGUGUGUGUCUCCAGGUUCCAGUCAGGGGACAGUGUCUAUAACUAGUGUGUGUGUGUCUCCAGGUUCCAGUCAGGGGACAG